AUGAAAGGCACAUAUUUUGUUUAUCGAGAUUCGAUAACUGAGCUGUGCGUUCUGUCUGUGGCUGUCGAUUUUACUCAAAGAUUUUGGUUGUGGGCUUGCGAGCAACAUUUAUGUAUAACUUUUGGGUUUGCCAUUGUGAUUUGCCGGCUGGGGUCCAUUCUCCCACCGUUUGUUCCUCAAAUUGAUAUGUUUGAUUUCUUUGUGGUAGUCACAAAUGUAAUUUCACAUUUCCGUCUUUUAAAUCUGACCAUAGAGAAUAGCACCAUUCCGCCUAUAAAGUCACAACUCCGAACAAUAUUAGAUCUCCGAGGUUAUCCCAUGUGCAUAAACACCGUCUUAGAUUUUGUUAAUCAAAUGAAUAGGGACUUAAAAAUUCUAUGCAUUUUGUCCCAUCGUUUCGCCAAUUAUCAAACAUUCAACACCAAUAAGCUUGUAAUAAACCAUCGUACUGAUUGGACUGUUGAAGUUGCCAAAACUAAUAGUGUUUUGUGGGUUGAUAAAGCUAUGGUUUGUUCUGGACUGGAAGAGUUUGGAGAGGGUGAGAUAGCUCCUGAAAAAUCACAUUUAAUUAAAGCUGAAAUUUCAGCAGAUAGAUCAUGUUUUGGUAAAAAAUAUGUAACGGAACCUUUUGAUGACAAUAAUUCAUCGCAUUACAAACUAGAAGUGAAAAACAAUGCAAUACCUUUUAAAACUCAAACUUUUGGCACAGUUAGUACCAACAGAAUCAUUCACGUUACUUCACCAGCACGAAAGGUAGGUAUCCCUAUUAUUUACUUGAAUCAAUGUAUUUCCCUCCAAAGGAAAUAUGUAUUAAAGUCUACAAACAGAACCGAAAUAAAGAGCAAGUUUCGUCGUGAAGUAGAUCUAAAGCGCCAAUUAAAUUAUUCAAGUGGAAUUAAAGACCCAAGGGUGUUACAAAUACAGGCUAUCAAAAUAAAGGAGGAAUUCCGAUCACAAUCACCAGUCAUCAAUUGCCUCGAUGAGACUGGUACCACUAAAACAAAACAGAUGGGCAAGACUAUGCGACUACCAUAG